UUAGCGGCUGCCGUACUUUGCUAAACGCGUGUAGGCUAUAAACUUGGCUAACAUGCUAAAGUUCUGAUGGGGUAGCAUGUGACACUUGUAUGUAUAUUUUUCAUAUAUUACGGUAGGAUAUUCUGCGCAUUUAUAAUAUUGACCAUCACUAAUUUUACACUUUUAAUCAGCAGAAUCCGAAUUAUAAUGAAUAAAUAAAUAAAUAAGCAGCAGUGUUGAGUGGCUAGGGCUAGCCUACAGCUAACUAACCACAGCUGGGUGAGAGUGAGCACUGAGUGUCACUGAAGUGUACAAGUAUCUGUAGACUUUGCUUUAGGCUUCUUCACUCCAUCAUGAGUGACUGUGGUGGUGAUGAUGAUGAUGUGCCUCAGCUCUCGGCUGCUGCUCUGGCGGCUCUGCAGGAGUUCUACUCGGAGAAGGAAGCAGGACACUCGGCACUGACACACAGCUACACUGUGGGGGCCAUUACAGAGGACUGGCGGAUGAGCCAGUUCUGGUACAGUGAAGAGACGGCUACACGGUUGGCUAAGGAAGCCAUUCAGCAAGCAGGAAAACAGGGGAGAAUAGCAUGCAUCAGUGCACCCAGUGUCUACCAGAAGCUGAAGCAGCUGGAAUCAGAGAACGUAGAGGGGUCACACUGCGUGUCAGCCGUGCUGCUCGAGUUUGACCGUCGAUUCGCUGCGUAUGGUGACGAGUUCAUCUUCUAUGACUACAACAACCCGCUGUGUUUGCCCGAAGAUGUCCUCCCGCAGAGCUUUGACAUCGUCGUUGCAGACCCUCCAUACCUAUCUGAGGAGUGCCUGAGCAAGGUGGCACUCACAGUAAAAUACCUCACCAAGAGUAAAAUCCUGCUGUGCACAGGAGCUAUUAUGGAAGAGCAUGCAGGAAGACUCAUGGAUGUGAAGAUAUGCAGUUAUCUACCCAAACAUAAUCACAACCUCGCUAAUGAGUUCCGGUGUUAUGUUAACUAUGAGUCGGGUCUCCUCUAGGCUUGGAGUGGGGCCUGGAAGUAAAGCCAAUUAUGGACUGUUGAGAGUUCAGACAACUUAAUUGGUCCAUUUGUUAUGCGAUCAUUUUGUCUAGAUUUCAUACCUGCGUGGUAUGAUAUUUUAAUGCUUGACCAGCCUUUUUUUUUUUUUUUUUUUUUUAAAUCAUGAUUAACAUGAAUUGUGCAUAUUAUAAACAAUAGCUUCUUGGCUCUGUGAAAGCAAAUGCAUUUGUGAUGCUUAAUAUGGUAAAUAUAGCAUUGCUGUAAAAACUGUUA